AUGCAAGCUUUUGCAAGAGAGUCGAAGGCCGCACUCGUUUCCCUCCAGGUAUUGAACACCAUCGUCUCCCAGCAGCGCGCCCGCCUUCAGCAAUUGAUUGAAACUUACUGUCGCAUGACGAACAUGCAAGGACCGAUUUCGCUUGAGCAAAUUGCUGACAUUCUUGUUGAGCAGCCAGCGGAGACUUCGGGCGCAUUCAUUGUCACACACGUGAAUGUGAAAGCCUCACUCGAUAGGCUAGGGCUGUGGAUCAUGGAACAGCUUGAUGAGCUUGACGAUGAUAAACUUUUUGUACUAAUUGAGUAUGUUGGAAAGCUCUUUGUCCAAGCGGCUGAUGGCAUCGCGAAGAUAGUUUGUGAGCGCGACGAAGCAAACGAGAAAACCAAAGAACACCCUCCGGUAUUACUGCAUGAGCUGUGUCGCAUUGACAUGAGGCAAUUUGUAAAGCAAUUGCAGGCACAGUUAUCAAUUAUUAAUUUCAAUUAUCUACUGUAA